UUCACGUUUUCUUAUCACAAAGUAUAAUGGAUUUCAAUUAUAGUCCAGUUUGUGGCAGUAAUUACCACAUUUUGGAUGCCAACCGCCGUUAAACCUCGAAGAAGAAGACUAUUUCCUGGUCUUGCAUCUGAUGUGUGAAACAGUUUUAGUGGAGGUAGCUAGACUUGGGAGGACAUUUUUCAUCAGAUAGUGUAUACCCGAUUAGAUUUCCUUCUCGAGGUGGAAGGCACUUAAAAGAUUCGUCGGCUCACUUAUUUUUGACGUUUAAAAAAAAUAAAAUUAAAGGUUCUCCUUUUCACGUUUUUGUUUUCUUUACUUUGGUAUAUUCUCUCGUGUACAUGGUGGCAAGAUGAUGGAUUUCUUCACCAUCUUCAGUAAGGGAGGCAUAGUGUUGUGGUGUUUUCAGGGAACCGGGGUUACAGAAUCCUUCACCGGGCCUGUCAACGCGCUGAUCCGCUCCGUGAUCCUUCAGGAACGCAGUGGCAACAAUUCCUAUACUCAUGAUGCCUUGAGUCUUAAGUACAAACUCGAUAAUGAGUUUGAGCUGGUUUUUGUGGUGGGUUUUCAAAAAAUCCUGACGCUGACGUAUGUUGACAAGUUCAUAGAUGACGUACAGCUAAGUUGGUACCUUAAUAAAGAAUUGCACAUCUUAAUAAAGUCUUGUCUUGUUGUCCAGGGGAUGCAGCUGAGCUCGAUGAAGGGUGACCUGCUCGCUGUGGAUUACGUGUCCAGCGAGGAAGAUGCGGUGGAAGUUGCUGACACAAGCAAACAAAUCCCCAAAAGGGGUGCUUAUGGGGGGAUGUUUGGGAUGCUCAAGGGCCUGGUGGGUUCCAAGAGUCUGAGCCAGGAGGACAUGGAGCCAGUUCUGGACAAGAUGAGGGACCACCUCAUCGCUAAGAAUGUAGCAGCUGAAAUUGCCUCCCAACUCUGAGCCAAGAAACUGGAGGGCAAAGUCAUGGGUACCUUCACUACUGUGGCAUCAACAGUAAAGGGGGCCCUGCAGGACUCCCUGGUCCAGAUCCUGCAACCAAAGCGGCGUGUGGACAUCCUGAGAGACGUCUUGGAGGCUCGGAGCCAGCGCAGGCCCUUCGUCAUCACCUUCUGUGGGGUCAACGGGGUUGGCAAGUCCACCAACCUGGCCAAGAUCUCUUUCUGGCUAAUCGAGAACGGUUUCACCGUGCUGAUAGCAGCCUGUGACACAUUCCGUGCGGGGGCCGUGGAGCAGCUGCGUACCCACCAGCGCCGCCUUAACUCCCUGCACCCCCCAGGACGACCCGUAGUGCAGCUUUAUGAGAAAGGCUACGGGAAGGAUGCCGCUGCCUAUGCCCGUAACCAGGACUUUGAUGUGGUGCUGGUGGACACUGCUGGACGGAUGCAGGACAACACCCCGCUGAUGACGGCCCUGGCCAAGCUGAUAGCUGUCAACAUGCCUGACCUGGUGCUGUUUGUGGGGGAGGCUCUAGUGGGCAACGAGGCUGUCGACCAGCUAGUGAAAUUUAACCAGGCGCUGGCUGAUCACUCCAUGUCUGAUAAGCCACGUCUCAUUGAUGGGAUCGUUCUCACCAAGUUUGACACCAUUGGUUUGUAUGUUGGCGCUGCUAUCUCAAUGACCUACAUCACAGGGCAGCCCAUUGUGUUUGUCGGCACGGGGCAGACCUACAAUGACCUGCGGAGCCUCAAUGCCCGUGCUGUGGUGGGCGCCCUUAUGAAGGCCUGAGUGGCUGCUGCCUGCAUCUAUGUUCACCACCAUCGUGACAAAGCCAACCACAAACACUGCGCUUUGAGAUGUUUGGUCCUGCAGUUCACAUCCUAACUAUGAUCCUCCACAUGGCACCAAACACAAAACUCACAGGCUUCCUCCCAGCUCCGUCUGGGAACGGGGCGGUUGUUGACUUUUUAAGCAACAUUGCACUAAGAUCUCUUGAAUUUGGACCAACAGUUUAAAGUACCUCAAUUUUGUUUAGCUUUAAAAUGAUGCGGUGAAGUUCAACAAGAGACAUUUCCAUCGCAUUGUCUUUUUCCCCUUCACUUCAAUAAGAAAAUGGCAGGUAUGAAUGCUUGCUGGAGGUGACACGUUUCAGCAGCCACCCUUGUCCCUGAGUAAAGCUUAGUGCCCAUCCCGUCUCCCUGAAGCAUCACCACUGCAGAGGUGACUGUCUGCUGAAAACAUCAAUAAGCCUGCACAACAUUAACUCGUUUCUCUCGCUCUCCAUGAUGGACCCCUAUGCCCCCUUCUUCCUCCGAAUUGGAGAGUUCAAUUUGGUGAAGAGACAUGGGUUAUUACAUUUGCGGUUAAAAGUCCAGAGACGUCAAAGGUCUCUGGACAACAGCUUUCUACCCCUUUGUCAUUUUGAAAACAAAAUAAAAGGGUCAAAAUGACAAGUCUUACAUUUUUCCAGUCCCAUAUGUCAAUUUGAGAACGUAAACAUUUCUAAAUAAAGCUGCUAUGAUAGCCUGUAACAACUUAUGAUUUUGUUAUGUAACCUACAGCUUAUGUUUAUACGUUUUCCAAUUCCAACUUUGGAACAUAAAUGUUGAUAGUGUGGUCUGGAUAACAAAGGCAAAAUGUCAUAUUUUGCCAACAUGGAAAAGUAUUGCAACAGGAAGAGUCGAGUGGCAACUGGUGUACAGUGCAUUCGGGAAGUAUUCAGACUUUUCCACCCCUACUCUAAAAUUGAUUUCAUUCCCUCAAUCUCCACCCUAAAACAAAGCAAAAACAGGUUUUUAGAAAUAUUCUAAUUUAAAGAUGAAUAGACCUUAUGUGAAUAACUAUUCAUACCCUUUACUAUGAGACUCAAUUGAUGCAUCCUGAUCUUUGAGCUGUUUCUACAACUUGAAGCCCACCUGUGGUAAAUUCAAUUUAUGGGACAUGAUUUGGAAAGGCACACCUGUCUAUAAGGUCCUAGUUGACAGUAUGUCAGAGCAAAUACCAAUCCAUGAGGUCGAAGGAAUUGUCCAUAGAGCUCAGACAGGAUUGCAGCUCCCCAAGAAAACAAGUCUCCAUUCUUAAAUGAAAGAAGUUUGGAACCACCCAAGACUCUUCCUAGAGCAGGCCGCCCAGCCAAACUGAGCAAUUGGGGGAGAAGGGCCUUGGUCAGGGAGGUGACCAAGAACGUAAUGGUCACUCUGACAGAGCUGCAGAGUUCCUCUGUGGAGAUGGGAGAACCUUCCAGAAGUACUCAACCAAUGGUAGUGGCUAGGCAGAAGCCACUCUUCAGUAAAAAGGCACAUGACAGCCUGCUUCGAGUUUGCCAAAAGGCACCUAAAGGACUGACCAUGAGAACCAAGAUUUUCUGGUCUGAUGAAACCAAUAUUGAACUCUUUGGCCUGAAUGCCAAGCAUCACGUCUGGGGGAAACCUGGCACCAUCAUGCUGUGGGGAUAUUUUUCAGCGGCAGGAACUGGGAGACUAGUCAGAAUCGAGGGAAAGAUGAACAGAGGAAAGUAGAGAUCUUUGAUGAAAACCUGCUCCAGAGUGCUCAGGACCUCAGACUGGGGGCGAAGGCUCACCUUCCAACAAGCCAAUGACACCAAGACAACGUUGGAGUGACUUCGGAACAAGUCUGAGUGGCCCAGCCAGAGCCCAAACCUGAUCGAACAUCUCUGGAGACCAGAAAAUAGCUGUGCAGCGACACUCCCCAUCCAACCUGACAGAGCUUGAGGAUCUGCAGAGAAGAAUGGGAGAAACUCCCCAAAUACAGAUGUGCCAAGUUUGUAGUGUCAUACCCAAGAAGACUCAAGGCUGUAAUUGCUGCCAAAGGUUUUUCAACAAAGCACUGAGUGAAGGGUUUGAAUACCUAUAAGAUUAUUU